UUCUGUGGACAGAGAGAGAGAGAGAGAGUAGGAAACUUUCGUCAGCAUUUUUCAAGAGAGAGAAAGAGAGAAAUCUAUUGAGGGGUGAGAAUCGGUGAGAGAGAAAAGUGGGGAGAGGAGGGAGAACAAAAAGGGCAAAAUGGUUUGGGGUUGAAUUUGGGGAAGAGAAUGUAUAGCGGCUAGGGAAUUUGAUUUUUUGAUUCAAAAAGGAUAGAGAGAGAGAGACUUCUCUUCCUCUCUUUCUUUGAUUCAUCUUUCAUUUUCCUUCUCUCUCCAAAAGAGUACAUUAAUUAAUUACAUCUGGGUAACAGAAAACACAAAAGGGUUAAAGAAUUAUGAGUGAAAAUAAGAACCAGAACUGGGGUAACCCUCCCUCCAAAGGUACCAUUGAUCUUCCCAAAUCCAGGAGGCUCUAUCAAGUUUGGAAGGGACGUAAUAAAUUUCUGUGUGGUGGGAGGUUGAUAUUUGGUCCUGAUGCGGCUUCACUGUUUUUAUCGACAUUCCUAAUAGGGGGGCCGGCAAUAACUUUCUGCAUAAAAAUGCUUUUGAAGAUUACAGAAACUGAACCUUUGUAUGGACAUACUAUACUGAUACUGGGAUGUGUCCUCACGGUUUUGGAUUUGACUUUCCUUUUCCUGACAUCUGGAAGAAAUCCUGGAAUAGUAAUGAGAAACUCACGGCCGCCUGAAAUCGAUGAAGCCUCGAUUUCCAAUACCCCAUCUAUGGAAUGGGUUCACAGUGCGACUCUCAAUUUGAAGCUACCCAGAACAAAGGAUUUGAUUGUCAAUGGCCACACAAUUAAAGUCAAGUAUUGUGACACUUGUUUGUUGUAUCGUCCGCCACGUGCUUCUCACUGCUCCAUUUGCAACAACUGCGUAGAGAGGUUUGAUCACCAUUGUCCCUGGGUGGGUCAGUGUAUUGGAAUACGCAAUUAUCGAUUCUUCAUCUUGUUUAUAUCAACCUCAACCUUGCUGUGCAUUUAUGUUUUCACGUUCUCAUUGUUGAAUCUUCUACAACAGAAGAACCACUUAUGGCACAUUAUGUCUCAAGAUAUUGUAUCAGUUGCUCUAAUUGUAUAUUGCUUCAUAGCGGUCUGGUUCGUCGGAGGGCUCACUGUUUUCCAUUUUUAUCUUAUGUGCACAAACCAGACGACUUAUGAGAACUUUCGGUACCGCUAUGACAAAAAAGAAAACCCUUAUAAUGAUGGGAUAAUGAAGAACCUUAAAGAGAUCUUAUUCUCUAAAACUGCUCCUUCGACAAUCAAUUUCAGAGAGUGGGUGGUGGAAGAUGAUGAUCCAAUCAUAGAAUCCAUAAACCAAAAAUUUGGAAGAGGUAUGAGAGGCUCAAAAGAGAACGUCGACUUAGAAAUGGGAGGUAUGCUUAGCAAGGAUGGUGGUAUUCCACUUCCAAAUAUUUUACGAAAUUUGGAUUAUGGUGGGAUCGAUGAUGAUUUGAAGAAGAAGAAGGAGGGAGACGAAAAUAUGCUCGAUCCAUUCUUCUUUCCUACCAAACAAGAACAAAGCGACUCAGACUGUACAUUCAGUAACAACGGCCAUAGCACAACUGCAAAUGACAAAACAAAUUGAUGGUAGCUCCCAUUGAAGUUAAUCAGUGAUUCUUGACUGGUGAAGAUGUUUGCCACUCUCCUUGCCAAUUUCUACACUGCAGGUCAGGUGAUUAUGUGAAACACUUACUACAAUCAGUUUGGGCUUCAACAAAGGUUAAUCAAUAGUUGUCUAUCGGAAUUGUUUGGCUACAAUGUAUUUGUAAGAUAACAUUUUUUCAAGCAAGUGAUAAGAUGUGAUGGUUUCUGUACCGUGCUAUGAACUUUGCGGGGGUUUUUUUUUUUUGGGUAGUUAAGCACAAAUUGACCAAAACUUUCAAAGGUAUGCAGUGGGUGUACUCAAGAGCCAUAACCAAAAAAAGUUUAUUGGGCGGACUUGAACGUACACGACAGCGGACCCAAGCCUUGAUAAUAUUAUUACCCACCACUAUGCCGGGAAUUUUUAAUCGUGGAAGGGCCUGCCCAAAUAAGCACGUUGAGGGCUUGUUUGGUAAUACUACUAUUUAUUCAACUCUUGUACAUAUGUUGUUAUCUGUUGAAAAAUGCAAAUGAAAAGUACUGUAGUUUUGAGGAAA